GCAAGACAUGGGCUGAGCUGAAGUGGAGGACGAACGACGGAGAAGUGGUUUCGAAUACGGUCAAGCAAAACAGAGAGAAGAUGAAGAUUCUGAUUACAGGCGCAUCCGGUUUCCUUGGGGGAAGGCUCUGUAAUGCUUUGCUCCGCAAAGGAUACUCAAUUAGGGUCCUCGCAAGGCCAACCAGUGAUCUCUCGGCCCUUUCUUCUCCUGCCAAUGCCGGAGCUCUUGAAAUCGUCUACGGUGAUGUCACUGACUAUGUUUCUUUCCUCUCUGCCUGCUCCGGCUGCCGCAUCAUCUUCCACGUAGCAGCUCUUGUCGAGCCUUGGCUUCCCGACCCCUCCAAAUUCUUUUCUGUGAACGUUGGUGGGUUGAAAAAUUUGUUGGAGGCAGUGAAGCAGACAAAGACAGUGGAGAAAAUUAUUUUCACUUCAUCAUUUUUUGCACUGGGACCAACUGAUGGAAGCAUUGCCGAUGAGAAUCAAGUCCAUCAUGAAAAGUUUUUCUGCACGGAAUAUGAGAAAUCAAAGAUUGCUGCGGAUAAAAUUGCACUGCAAGCUGCGUCCGAGGGCAUGCCGUUAGUGGUGGUUUAUCCCGGGGUUAUCUACGGGCCUGGCAAAGUUACGGCAGGAAAUAUUGUUUGUAAGCUGAUGAUAGAACGUUUUAAUGGACGAUUACCUGGUUACAUAGGCUACGGAAAUGAUAGAUUUUCUUUUAGCCAUGUUGAUGACGUGGUGGAGGGACACAUUGCUGUAAUGGAAAAAGGGCAACCCGGUAAUAGGUUUCUGCUGACAGGUGAAAAUGCAUCAUUCGCACAUGUGUUUGAUAUAGCUGCAAUCAUCACUAAUACAAAAAGACCAUUAUUUAAUAUCCCUCUGUGGGUGAUUGAAGCAUAUGGUUGGCUAUCAGUUUUAUUCUCUCGAAUCAGCGGAAAGCUUCCCCUCAUCAGUCCACCAACGGUUUGUGUUUUAAGGCAUCGAUGGGAAUAUUCCUGCGAUAAAGCUAAACAGGAGUUAGAUUAUAGACCCAGAAGUUUGGAAGAUGGACUAGCAGAGGUGCUACCAUGGUUGAAGGACUUGGGCUUCAUAAGCUACUAGUGGGAAGAUUCUAACUUUCUAUGUUCAGCUGGGAAUGACACCUCAGUACUGCACAAGCUAACUAGUUUCAUUUCAGACUUGGACAAAUGGAAAUUUAUUUAUUUACGCUAUAGGCUUGAGCGCUCAAUCCUCUUCCCAUCAGGAGAGUAACCACACACCUAGUCAAUCCCUUGCUUUUUGGCCUACUGGAACUCUUCUUUCUCUCUUGUAGUGGUGUUGGUCUCUUCCCUCCACCUUCCAGAUAUCGAUUAACUGCUUGCCAGCCUAUCCCUAAUCCAUGCUUGGCUGCUGAUGGUCUUUUCUCGUCUUUCAGAUUCACCUCAGGGCAUCUCUGAUGACAUAACCUCGUGGGAGGUCACAAUUCAGAGGACUAAUCAUGUUGGCAAUCUCUGAGACACGGC